GAGAAGACUUCGCGGUUGUACAGCAAGAAAUCAUUAUGAUGAAAGACUGCAAACAUGCAAACAUCGUUGCUUAUUUUGGAAGUUAUCUCAGGUCUAUCCAAAUGUAAAGAUGAUAUUGAGAAAGUGACAGAGGAGAGAAUGAGGAGGCUGCGUCUGGCUCCCGCUCUCACAGCCAUUGCAGUACAUUGAGCUCCAUAGAGACAGCACAGGGGCAAGCGAGAGCCAGACGGGCACUGGGCGACUCUGUGCCUCGCGGAGGAAAAUCACUAAACAUGGGCAAAGGAGAUCCUAAGGAGCCGAGAGGCAGAAUGCCCUCAUACGCAUUCUCUGUGCAAACCUGCGGGAGGAGCACAAGAAGACGCACCCGGAUGCUUCUGUUAACACUUUAGAGUUCUCCUGGAAGUGCUCAGAGACCAUGUCUGCUAAAGAGAAGGGGAAAUGUGAAGACAUGGCAAAGGCUGACAAGGCUCGUUAUGAAAGAGAAAUGAAAACACACCCCCCAAAGGAGAGACCAAAGAGAAGUUCAAGGACCCCAAUGCCCCCAAGGGGCCUCCUUCAGCCUUCUUCUUGUUCUGUUCUGAGUACCGCCCAAAAGUCAAAGGCAAGCAUCCUGGCCUAUCCAUUGGUGAUGUGCAAAGAAACUAGGAGAGAUGUGGACCAACACGGCCACGGAUGACAAGCAGCCCUGUGAGAAGAAGGCCGCCAAGCUGAAGGAGAAGUAUGAGAAGGAUAUCGCUGCCUACAGAGCUAAAGGAAAACCUGAUGCAGUGAGAAAGGGGGUGGUCAAGGCUGAGAAGAGCAAGAAAAAGAAGGAAGAGGAAGACAGUGAGGAGGAUGAGGAAAAGAGGAAGAUGAUGAAUGAAUAAGUUGUUCCAGCACAGUUUUCUUGUCUAUAAAUCAUUUACUCCCCCCCACACACACACAACUCACUCCUUUUAAAGAAAAGAAUUGAAAUGCGAGAUAAACUUUGGAUUUGCAUGGAAUUUUGUGGAGGUGGCUCUUUACAGGACAUCUAUCAUGUAACUGGCCCCCUUUCAGAGCUGCAGAUUGCAUACGUUAGCAGGGAAACACUCCAGGGAUUGUAUUACCUUCACAGUAAAGGAAAAAUGCACAGAGAUAUAAAGGGCGCUAACAUCCUACUAACGGAUAACGGUCAUGUGAAAUUAGCUGAUUUUGGAGUUUCCGCACAGAUAACAGCUACAAUUGCCAAACGGAAGUCCUUCAUUGGUACCCCAUAUUGGAUGGCCCCAGAAGUCGCGGCUGUUGAGCGGAAAGGAGGGUACAAUCAGCUGUGUGACCUCUGGGCUGUGGGCAUCACUGCCAUCGAGCUGGCGGAGCUCCAGCCACCCAUGUUUGACCUUCACCCAAUGAGGGCAUUGUUUCUAAUGACAAAAAGCAAUUUCCAGCCUCCUAAAUUAAAAGAUAAGUUGAAGUGGUCAAAUAGUUUCCAUCAUUUUGUGAAGAUGGCUCUUACCAAAAAUCCAAAAAAAAGACCCACUGCAGAAAAGCUGCUACAGCAUCCCUUUGUCACACAGCCUCUGACGAGGUCUUUGGCAAUCGAGUUGCUGGACAAGGUGAAUAAUCCAGAUCAUUCCACAUACCACGACUUUGACGAUGAUGACCCAGAGCCUCUUGUUGCUGUACCACAUAGAAUUCCUUCAACUAGUAGGAAUGUGAGAGAAGAAAAGACACGCUCAGAGAUAAACUUUGGUCAGGUAAAAUUUGACCCGCCCUUAAGGAAGGAGACAGAGCCGCAUCAUGAACUUCCCGACAGUGAUGGUUUUUUCGACAGCUCAGAAGAAAUGUACUACACUGCAAGAUCUAAUCUGGAUCUACAAUUAGAGUACGGGCAAGGACACCAAAGUAAUUACUUUUUAGGUGGAAACAAGAACUGUAUUCUAUAUAACGAGUCAUUGGCAAGGAGUCUUCUGAAGUCUGUUGAAGAGGAGCUGCACCAGCGAGGACACGUGGCACACUUAGAAGAUGACGAAGGGGACGAUGACGACUCUAAACAUUCAACCUUGAAAGCAAAAGUCCCACCUCCUCUGCCACCAAAGCCUAAAUCCAUCUCCAUACCACAGGAUACACAUUCUUCUGAGGACAGUAAUCAAGGCACAAUCAAGAGAUGUCCCUCAUCAGGGAGCCCAGCAAAGCCAUCCCACGUUCCUCCUAGACCACCACCCCCCAGGCUACCCCCGCAGAAGCCUGCUGUUUUAGGUGAGGGUGGAGGACAGAUCCAGCUCUCACAAGGCAAUGGGGUGAGCUCCUUCCAGCUCAAUGGUGAACGGGACGGGUCGGUGCAUCAGCAGCAGAGUGAGCAGAGAGGCACGAACCUCUCCAGAAAAGAGAAGAAGGACGUGCCAAAGCCAAUUAGUAAUGGCCUUCCCCCAACACCUAAAGUGCAUAUGGGAGCAUGUUUUUCAAAGGUUUUUAAUGGAUGUCCCUUGAAAAUCCACUGUGCCACAUCUUGGAUAAAUCCGGACACGAGAGACCAGUACUUGAUAUUUGGCGCUGAAGAGGGCAUUUAUACCCUUAAUCUCAAUGAACUUCAUGAAACAUCAAUGGAACAGCUGUUCCCCCGCAGGUGUACGUGGUUGUAUGUAAUGAACAACUGCUUACUGUCCGUAUCCGGCAAAGCCUCUCAGCUUUAUUCCCACAAUUUACCAGGGCUUUUCGAUUAUGCAAGACAGAUGCAGAAGUUACCUGUAGCCAUCCCAGCACACAAGCUCCCGGAUCGAAUACUGCCCAGGAAAUUUGCUGUAUCAGCAAAGAUUCCUGAAACCAAGUGGUGUCAGAAGUGCUGCGUGGUGAGAAAUCCUUACACGGGCCAUAAGUACCUGUGCGGAGCACUUCAGACUAGCAUUGUUCUAUUAGAAUGGGUUGAGCCAAUGCAGAAGUUUAUGUUAAUUAAGCACAUAGAGUUUCCAAUGCCGUGUCCGCUCCGGAUGUUCGAGAUGCUGGUGGUGCCAGAGCAGGAGUACCCUCUGGUCUGUGUUGGCGUCAGUAGAGGGCGAGACUUCAACCAAGUGGUGCGAUUUGAGACCGUCAAUCCAAAUUCUACCUCGUCAUGGUUCACAGAGUCAGAGCCAAGUGUGGUGGUACACACCUGUAAUCCCAGCACUUCGGAAGUGGUGGCAGGAAGAGCAGGAGUUCGACACCAGUCUGAGCUACAUAAUACCCCGCAGACAAACGUCACCCAUGUGACCCAGCUGGAGAGAGACACCAUCCUCGUGUGCUUGGAUUGUUGUAUAAAAAUAGUGAAUCUCCAAGGAAGAUUGAAAUCCAGCAGAAAAUUAUCUUCAGAGCUCACCUUCGAUUUCCAGAUAGAAUCCAUAGUUUGUCUACAAGACAGUGUGCUAGCUUUCUGGAAACACGGGAUGCAAGGUAGAAGUUUUAGAUCUAACGAGGUAACACAAGAAAUUUCAGAUAACACAAGAAUCUUCAGACUUCUUGGAUCUGACAGGGUUGUGGUUUUGGAAAGUAGACCAACUGACAACCCAACAGCAAAUAGCAAUUUAUACAUCCUGGCGGGCCACGAAAACAGCUACUGACACUGGUGUCGUGACAGUGACCUGUGGAGACAGGGGGCCACAGCCGCUGCAACCUUAGUGGAUCCGCGAAGCUAUGCGGGCGCUGCAGGAACCUGGCUCUGUUCCUUAUAGUUUACUGUGGCGAGGCAGAUGGGAGAAGGCUUUGUUUUAAGUGGUAUGGAUCUGUUUAGCAUAUUGAACACACAAGUGCUUCAGCCAUUGUUAUGUAAUCUUUGUACAUAGAAGCAGUAUUUUUCUGUGAGACUUCAUAUUGCUGAAGGCAUACACUAAGGAUUGAUGUAGAUAAUGUACUUUCAUGAGAUGUAAAAGUGUCUUAUCUGUACAGAUGUAAAUGUGGAUUAAAAUGCAGCUGGGUUAAUAUUUUAAGAAUUCUUAGUAAAUUCUUGGGUGUGGUCAUAUUACAGAAUGGGAUGCUGGUAAUGAAACAAGACAUUUAACACUAUCGUAUUUUUAUUAUAUGUAAUUUAGUAAUAUGGACAUAAAUCUUGUAACUUUUAAAAUGGUAACGAGCUGUAAUCAUUUUAUAAUCCUGUUUUUAAUUUGAAUGCACGUGCACUGGUGUUUCUCCUGCACAGAGUAUUGCCACGUGAUGUGCUGUCACAGAGAGGCUGUGACGCCAGCCGUGACUACGCAUUUGGUCCUACAACAUCUUUUCUACGUGUAUUUGGAUUGUUUUCUACGUGAAACAAAGCCGUUAACCACCUACUGUAGUAACUGAUCUUUUCCUAUCAAGCAGAAUCGUGUGCGAUAGCUUGUCUGUGCUUAGGACACACCUUUGCAAAACGUAAAUCACAGAAUGGCGGUACCGUGGUAGAACACUGCAGCUGUCGCCAGGGCGACAGUGUGCACAGGAGAGACUGGCACUGCUGAGGACUCCACACUAGACAUUUCAGUCACACUGAAGAGCCGUCACAUUCCACAGUGACAUGGUCGCGUUUUUCAUGGACUUUUACUUCUGUUGGCCUUAUUUUAUUAUGACUUCCAUAUUUCUUUUUAUUUAGAGUAUUAAUACAUGGCCAAAAUAAUUUAGUUACUACCUCAUACAGACAUCAUAAUGGUUACUACAGAUCACAGGAAGUUAGUUUGGUUAAAAUCAUUAUUGAUGGGUUUUUCCAAUGGAGUGUAUCUGUCUUACCAAGAUCGAUGGCAAGGUGUAGCGAAGCGCACGCCUCUGACUCUGGUAUACGUUCAUGUGUUCUUUAUAUUUUGAUGUGAGUAUGUAUACACUAAGAACAAGCUAAAUUGUGGUUUAUGCUUCAUUUAUUUUAACUGAUAAUGGUUUUAAAUACGUUCCUGAUUGUACAUACUGUAAAAUAAACAUGUUUUUUAACAUGC